GUGGCGCUGGUACAGGGAGCCCGCCGCGUCGCGUUCUCCAGUUUAGCGCGCGCGCGCGCCGCCGCCGGCUCCGUCUCUCCGCCCCGAGCUCCGCGUGUAAUCUCAGACCCAGCCUAAGCAAACCACCAGAGUCAGUACCCCGCCAGCACCCGAGCCCCUGUUCUGGUGAUUGGUGAAGACCUUGUCGCAGACCGCAACGAUGUCGGCCGCGGCAGGGACGCCACCGGAAGACGGAGGGGAUCGGCCGUGGCAGUCUUACCAUACCGCAUACACCAACGCCAAAGCUGGAAUGGAGGGUGUUGACAAAGAGAAGGUGCAGAAGGUAAUCUACGAAAUGAGCAAGGGCUCAAAAUAUUUCGAAAAUGAGCAGAGGAAGGAGGCAGCCACCAAACAAAAGAUUGAACAUCUCCGUGCACAAUGUGCAGUAUUGACUGAUAAUGACAUAUCACAUUUUCAGAAGGUUGCAGAUAAGAAAAUGUUAGAGUUGGAAGCUUCACGAGAUCUUUCAAAGAUAUGGCUUCACACUGACAUGGAUGCCUUUUAUGCUGCUGUUGAGACAUUGGAGAACCCAUCCUUGAAGGGAAAACCCUUGGCGGUUGGUAGCAUGUCUAUGAUAGCUACUGCCAGUUAUGAGGCACGCAAGUUUGGAGUGCGUGCAGCGAUGCCUGGUUUUAUUGGAUGCAAACUAUGUCCUGACUUGGUUUUUGUCCCACCAAACUUUGAGAGAUAUACUCAUUAUAGCGAGCUGACAAGAAAAGUUUUCCAGAGGUAUGAUCCCAACUUCAUUGCAACAAGUCUAGAUGAAGCAUACCUCAACAUAACCAAUGUUUGCAUUGAGAGAGGCAUUACAGGCGAGGAGGUUGCUAUUGAACUUAGGUCUGCCAUUCACCAGGAAACUGGUCUAACAUGUAGUGCUGGGGUUGCUCCAAACCGUAUGAUUGCGAAGGUUUGCUCUGAUAUUAACAAGCCCAAUGGGCAGUUUAUUUUGCCAAAUGACCGGGAAGCUGUAUUGACAUUUGUAUCUACAUUGCCUAUAAGAAAGAUAGGUGGCAUAGGUAAGGUAACAGAACAGAUGUUACAUCAGGUUCUUGGAAUCAGUACAUGUCAGGAGAUGCUGCAAAAGGCUGCUUUUUUAUGUGCUCUUUUUUCGGAAAGCUCAGCUGAUUUCUUUCUGUCGGUUGGUCUCGGGUUAGGAGGUACAGAAACCCCAGAACAAAGGCAAAGGAAAAGUAUCAGUUGCGAGCGAACUUUCACAGCAACAAAUGAUUCUUCUUUGCUUUUCAAAAAAUUAGCUAGCCUUGCAGAAAAUUUAUCUGAUGAUUUGCAAAAGGAGGGUUUCAAGGGAAAAACACUAACACUCAAACUGAAGACUGCAGAUUUUGAGGUUCGGACAAGGGCAGUAACAACACGGAACUACAUCGACUCCAAGGAAGAUAUUCUGGUCUAUGCUACAAAGUUGAUUAAAGCUGAAAUGCCUAUUUCUUUGAGAUUGAUGGGGUUGCGGAUGUCUCAGCUACAUGAUGAGAAGGACGAUCCAUCUACUUCAACACAAAAGACACUAGAUAUAUUCUUUCGUUCAUCAAACAGUAACUCAAAUGGCAAUGGAACCACUGUUCAGAGAAUCACUAAUUCCCCAGGGCAGGAUAAUGAUUCUAUUAGUCUCACAACCAAGGAAGAGUACUUGGCACCUGAUGCUGGAACAAGUGUUUCCACAGGCCAACAGGAUUUCUUCCUACAUGAUGAGAUCUGUUUUAUUCCCGAACAACAACGGAGUUUAGACAACGAUACUAAAGAGGCUGUCCUAAGCGACCCGUUAGGUGGAACAAAGUCAGAUGAUGUGUCUUCCAGUGCAAAGGUUACGCCCACUAAGAAGUUGGAUGAACCUGAUCCCUUGAUCAGCCCGAAGGCUGUGUCUUCAUCAAGUAAACCUGACCAGCAGUCAUGGAUUGAUGGCUACAUUUGUUCCAUCUGUGGAUUUGAACUGCCUCCGGGCUUCGAGGAGGAGAGGCUGGAACAUUCAGAUUUUCACCUGGCUGAAACACUCCAGCAGGAAGAAGCAGUGGACGGCACAAGACACAUCUCAAACGAGAGCUGGGUGGCUGAAAGACCACGCUCUACUGCACCCACGCCCAAGAAGAAACUCAAGUCUUCUAAAGAAGGAAAGCAUAUUCCUAUUGACUCUUUCUUCACAAAGUGUAAUAAGAGCCCGUAACCGUAAGGUAGGACUUGCCGGCAACUCUGUAACUAUGGGCAUGCUAGCCAAGUGUUGUACGUGUUAACUUUAUUCUUGAUGAGAGCAAUAUAUGUAAAUAUCACCCUCAACUCUCACUAAUAGCCAAGUGUUGUUACAGAGUUCCA